CGCAUACCCCUCCCCACGAACCACACCCCCCGCGCGCCCUCAGCCUUGGGCUCGCCUCCAUCACAGCCUUUCUCGUCCAUUCCGCCAGCGCUCUCAACAUGGCUGACAGCUGGGAGCAAGAGGAGGAGAGGCUCUCGCAGCAGGCCCAGGGCAUGAACCUGAACAGUGCGCCCACCUUCACCCCCGGAGCGCAGUCGUUCCAGCCUGGCGCCAGCUCGUUUGUGCCAGGCCAGCCCUACGGCGGCUACCAGAACUACAACCAGUAUGGCCAGCAGCAAUACGGCGGAUACAACCAGUACGGCCAGGGCCAAUACUACCAGCCCCAGCAGGGUUACCCUCAGUAUGGCCAGCAAUAUGGCCAGCAGCAGGGCUACCCCAACUACGGACAGUACCAGUCUCAGCAGAACUUCCAGCCCCAGCAGCAACAAGGCCAGGCCCAGGUGCGGAUAGCGAAGCGAGGAGAUGCCGACGUGACGGGCUCAGAGAGCGCCGCCCCCGCCCCCGCAGCUGAGACCAAGAAGGAGGCGCCCAAGGCAAAGGUGCUGUCCAUUGGCGGCGACAGCGCUCCCAAGGCCAAGGUCCUAUCCAUUGGCGGAGACGCUGCUGCUCCCAAGGUCGAGAAGGCGGGUGGUACCAAGGUCCUCAGUCUUGGAACACCCGGCGCUCCAUCAGCGGCGAAAGAGAAGGCAGACAAGGAGAAGAACACCAUUGAUGCUGGAACAAAGGUUACGGCCGCCAAGGCGAUCGAGAAGACGGGAGAACCCACUCCUGCCUCGGCAGGCUCUGGACGCACGUCACCAACGCCUUCGUCGGGUCGCAACAGCCCAACCCCCAAGGAGAAGGCUGCUGAAAAGGCCAUUGCCAAGCAACAAGAGGUCGAAAACGAGAUAGCUGAGGUCGACGAUGCGACUCUGGCCGAGAUAUACGGCAAGGAGCACGUCAACAUCAUCUUCUUGGGUCACGUUGACGCAGGAAAGUCUACCCUAGGUGGCAGUAUCCUCAUUUCCACUGGCAUGGUCGACGAGCGAACCCUCGACAAGUACAAGAAGGAGGCCAAGGAUGCUGGUCGAGAAACCUGGUACAUUUCAUGGGCGCUCGAUUUGAACAAGGAGGAGCGACAGCAGGGUAAGACUAUUGAAGUCGGCAGAGGAUUCUUCGAGACAGAGAAGCGAAGAUACUCCAUUCUGGAUGCCCCGGGCCACAAGACGUAUGUUCCCAACAUGAUCAGUGGUGCUUCGCAAGCAGAUGUUGGUAUCCUUGUCAUUUCUGCUCGAAAGGGAGAGUACGAGACUGGGUUCGAGAAGGGCGGUCAAACCCGAGAGCACGCCAUGCUGGCCAAGACGCAGGGUGUGAACAAGAUUCUCAUCGUCGUCAACAAGAUGGACGACCCCACUGUCGAGUGGUCCGAGGACCGAUUCAAGGAAUGCACAACGAAGGUUGUAGCCUUCUUGAAGGGUCUCGGAUACAACCCAAAGACAGACAUCAGCAUGAUGCCUGUCAGCGCCCAGACUUUCACCGGUAUCAAGACCCGUGUGCCCAAGGAACUAGCACCAUGGUACGAUGGUCCAUCUCUACUUGAGUACCUAGAUAGCAUGCAGGCCCUUGAGCGCAAGCUUAACGCUCCCUUCAUGAUGCCCAUUGCCGCCAAGUACAAGGAUAUGGGCACCAUGAUCGAAGGAAAGAUCGAGUCUGGUAUCAUCAAGAAGGAGAAUAAGUACCUCAUGAUGCCCAACCGACAAGUCAUCCACAUCUCGGCUCUGUUUGGCGAGCAAGAAGAGGAAAUUCCUGGUGCGGCUUGCGGUGACCAGAUUCGUGUACGAAUCCGAGGUGUAGAAGAAGAAGACAUUCUGCCGGGCUACGUUCUUUGCUCACCAAAGCGCCCCGUUCACUGCGUGUCUCAGUUCGAGGCCCAGGUUGUACUCCUGGAUAUCAAGUCCAUCUUGACUGCUGGUUUCAACUGUGUGCUACACGUCCACGCUGCGCAAGAAGAGGUCACCAUCAGCGCACUGCUGCACAAGCUCGAAAAGGGCACCGGAAGACGGUCCAAGAAAGCGCCCGGUUUCGCGACAAAGGGCAUGAGCAUCAUUGCCAGAUUGCAAAUCACUGGAGCGGCUGGAAGCAUCUGUGUUGAACGCUUCGAAGACUACCCCCAGCUUGGUCGUUUCACUCUCCGUGACCAGGGUCAGACGAUUGCGAUUGGAAAGAUCACCAAGCUUAUCACGGAUGCAGAUGCUUAAGUCCCCCGGCGGUAUAGGUUAGAGGAAAAGGCGGGAAAAGAUUGGGACUACAGGCGGUACGACUCUCGGCUCUGAGCACUACGCGGCAUGAGGGUUGGAUGGCGUCACGGGUGCGAGAACAGCAUAGACCUAUCAUCUAAAAGAAUAUGAUUGCGAAAACG